CCACACCCUGAUGCCUGUUUGCGCCUUCAUCGGAGUUAAAUAUUUUGCCGGUGGUCACGGCACGCUGCUCGGCUUCAUUAAUUCCUUCAUUCACAUCAUUAUGUACGCCUAUUACCUGCUCUCUGCCAUGGGCCCCAAAGUACAAAAGUAUUUGUGGUGGAAGAAGUACAUUACCAUUUUGCAAAUUAUCCAAUUCCUCAUCAUUUUCGUGCACACUCUCCAAAUUCAAUUCCAGCCAAAUUGUAAUUUCUCAAAACCGAUUGCUGCCCUGCUCACCUUCAAUGCCGGCCUAUUCACCUACAUGUUUAGCUCCUUCUACAUUAAGAAUUACAAUAAGGAGGCUGCUGCGGUGAAGGCCAAGACUGAAGCGGCUGUUAAACAGGAUUGAGAUGCUGCUACUCUCGACCUCUUUUUGCCAUUCUACAUUCGACUCUUUACUGCUUAGCACCUUUCUGUGCGCUGUUAAUUUAAAUAUGAGUGCAAUUAAAUGCUCAUAAAAUUGCGAACAAACGAAGCCACCACUCCUUAGAGAAGUCCUUGUUAUAUUAUUAUUGGGCGCACCUCAAUCGCUGGUAAAUAUGUAUGUAAAUGUUUUGCUACUUGGCGUGCUGGCGGCAUUUGAGGAACAGAUGCAAUAUAAUUUAGCUAUAAAAUUCUUGUGAAAAUUAAUUUAAAGGAAAUAUUGGGGGGUAGUUAGUUAGGGGAUAAUAGCCAGUGGGUUGGAAGAUUCAUACUUGUACGCUUGUACAUAAGUACAUAUUUAGUUAAUAGUAAAUUAAUUUUAAUUUUAAUUAUAAGUAUGAAAUCUAAUUUCAAUUGUGUCUUAAAACAAUGUAGGUAAUUAGUAAAACAUAUACAAGUUAUAUUGUACAUACAAGAAAAUUAUAAAACGAUCAUUGCGCUUUUUUUUGCCCAUAAGCCAAUUUUCUCUUUCUAGUUCGAAACCAAGUGCCGAUCGAAUCGAAUAAUUUGAAAAGUGCAAUUGUACCAAAUAUUAUGUUUUAGUUUAACUAUUAUUUAAUAUUUAAUGAUUAUCGCUUGCUUUCUAUUUCUUCCUAAUAAUACACACGCAACACAUAAAAAAAAAAUUAUUUUUGGAUUAUUCCAAAAAUUUAGUGUAUGUAUGUGUGAAGAGUAAAAAAAUAUAUAUUAUAAGACCAUGCAUACUUAGCUACAGCUUUUUUAGUAGACUAUGUAGAUGUUUAUAAUAAAACUUAAUUUUUUUACCAUGCUUGUAUAUACGAAGGUACAUUUUUAUUAAAAUCGAAUAAAU